AUGGCAUUUUUCCAAUUAGUCCUGAAAGCCAGGAAGAUCGAAAAAGCGAGGUUAAAGUACGAGAAUGAAAAAUUGACGUCGAUCGAGAUCGCGGGGGGUGCCAAGCCCCAAUACACUUUGAGACAGCGACUUCGUCUAACGAAAUUGCGCUUCAAGAAGAAGGUGAAAUCGUUCUGUGGCAAGAUCUUUGCCUUCCCAAAAAAUCUUUGGCCCUGCAGAAAGAUCGCCGCGAUCGGUACCGACGGCACUCUGGAGAAUUACAUCGCGAAAAGUUUCGCUGGAUUUAUCGGCGGGAUAAUCCUCACUUACAUAUUCUUCGCAUUUUUCGUCCUUCAACUGAAUUUCAAACUUUCGUCGGCAACGUUCCUUUGCACGGUAAUAGGAGUAACCCUCACGCUUGGACUGGCAUUUUCUUAUCGAGUACGUUGCGUGGUGUUCCUGUUAUUACCACAAUUUUUCUCGAAGCGAGGUAGACAAGCCUUAAUGGCGUACGCAUUUAUUUUAGCCUUAACCGGACCGGUCAAGAACACUUUGCACAACACCAGCGUUCUCUCGGAAUCACUGGCCUGUGCACAAGAACAGUUAAAGGAAGCGGUAAAGACUAUCGUGGACUUGGCGAAGCAACCGUAUUACGCUCUGCGGGACGUGAUAUCGAAAGUCAUAAAGUCCGUUAAAGCGAUUGUGAAAAGAAUUAAACAGACCCUCAUUGCAAUCAAAAGGAUUGUCCUCAGUAUACUCAGAGUCAUUACGUCUGUAUUCCAGUGGUUGGGAAGCGUCAUAAACAUGUGCAAUAAGAAAUUAGGUACCCCUUUCGAUAGAUGUCAAAGCGUCUUCGAUGGCGCGGUUGCAGACUGCAAGGCGAAAUUGGGCCCGAUUAUGGGGGCAGUUUGCAACGUGACCUACGUAGUCAGUGCUCUUUGUUACGUGGUGAAACCAUUAGAUUUCAUAUGCAUGCUGGUCUCUUACAUAUCUGACGCUGUAGUUGGUGCCGUACGAAAAAAGAUAAAAAGGUUCACGAUGCACAUGAAGGCGAUGUUUUACGUUAAAGUCAAGUUCUCUCAUUCUUUCCGUUUCGAGACGAACCAAAGCAAGACGUUGGAAGAGGUGUCCACGGGUAUUAUUACCGAGGUACGCUCGAGGACGGACAAAUUUUUCGAUUUCUUCGAUUGGAUAAGCUGCGUUACAUCCAUCUUCGUCUUUAUUAUCCUUCUCAGAGUAAUACAUUAUCGUUACAAAUGGCUGACCAGCGAACGGUUCGACAAUCGCUAUAUUACCAGCGAUUUGCGCACCAUCGAUUUAAUAAGAGCACGCCAGGACAAGGAAACGGUUUUGCCGCUCAAUUCGCGUGAAAAGAAUCGUUACGUGCCGCUGUCGUCCGUCAUGUUAAUCAAAUCAGAGAAACUUAAAUUGGCAAGAUCGGCGGUAUUCUUGGGCAUGGCCACGAUCAAGAUCAUGUCCUACAUCGCGAUAGAUUACAGUUUAUACUGGGUACUGAAUAUCAUUCAGAUCCACGGACGAUUUCAAAGUAAGGUCGAACAGCCAAGCGUAGUGACCAUUCACGUUUCCGGUGACGGUUACUUGGCAGAUCUCUACAGAAGCAUCGUCAGAGCGUUCACACCACGCGGAAAGGAAACGGAACUGGACACGAUGCUCUGCCUGCCAGAACCAGUGCCACCCGAUCUGGAUAAAUACACUCAAAUCAUCGGAUUGCUGAUCCUCUGCUGGCUAAUUGCAGUCUUCGAGCCGUACGGUUUGCGACUGAGACACGUGGUUCUGUGCCAAUAUUAUCCCGACAGAGCGAAACAAAGAGCAACCUGGCUGUACAAUCACAUUAUCAGGUCGAGAGGAAGCUUUUUGAAGUUCGCCAGGCGUCAGCUACGCCGGAAGUUUGGCCUAGGCAAGGGAGAAGCAAUCGAGAAAAUCACAUUCAAGGAGAGAUUGUGGGCGGUGUGUCCGUGGUUGAACAUCUUCUUUCCACAAAAGCAGAAUGCGUGUUUAUUAUGCGGCGAAGUGGAACGUUCCGACGACGAUCCACACAUAAAAUGUCCGACGCCCGGCUGCGUUGGUCUGUUUUGCACGCAGUGUUUCGCGGAUUUGCAGAACUUGUGCACGAUUUGUCGUUCGCCGAUCGAGUACGGUGACUUGUCCGACAUGAGCGAGGAGAAAGAUUCUUCGGACGAUCAGUUCCCAGUGACAAAGGAAAAAGUAGUGGAACCUGAAGUUAAAGUCGAGGAGCCAAAAGUGGACGAAAGUGUAGAAGAAGAAGUGGAACCUGAAGUUAAAGUUGAGAAGCCAAAAGUGGUCGAGAAGACAGAAGAAGAAAAGGUAGCUAAGAUAGAAAAGGAUGUGGCUCAGCAAACGGACGACAAACGCGUCGAAGAUUCCGAUCAGAGUUCCGGGACUAGUUACAGUUAUACGUAUCAGGACGUGUCUCCGAGAGAAGUGGAGAUCGAGAAACGAAAAGAGACGUUCAAAGACGUCGAGGCGCAAAGAAUCAGAGACGACGUGACGAUUCAAAUAUUUAACGAACCGUUCGCGAAAGGAACAUCCUCGAGCAGCGAGUCGCCAACGUCUUGUUUCGUGGUAAGGGCACGUAGGAACGUUCGUGCCAGAUUGAAAAAGCGACCGUGGCGUUCGCCACCCGGCGGGAGAAAUUCCGAUUCAUCAACCUCGAUCGCCGACACGGAAUCCUGGUCGACCGAGGAAAUCGACGAGGAAGAAGUAAUACACGUGGAGGUAGACGACUGCUCGGAAGAAUUACUUCCGAAGGAUCGAAAGGAUAAGGGGAAACGAGGUCGUAUAAAUAGAAUCGUCGAUGCAGUCGCGAGGAUUCCUUGGCUCCGUAAAGCUGAAGACGAUAAGAAAGCGUGCCGGGGAUUGCAAACGAGACGGCCUUCUCUUAUGAAUAAAAUCGUCUGCAUGCUUCGGAGGAAGCAAUCAAUACCGGUGCAGUCGUAUAAAAGAACUAGGAAGAUAAAGGAUUCCUCGUCGAGCUCGUCUUCGUGCCACGACGAGAACGAGACCUUGCUGAAAAUGGAGGAUAGAUCGUCCGAUACCAGACGCCUGACAAUGAGGAAAUUCAGGAAGGAAACCGCGGAGGAUGAUUCGAGCGAAAUGGAAAAUUUAAAUCUGAAACGGCCUCGCGAAAAGAAAUUCAUCGCGAAGCAAUUGCCGAGGUAG